AUGCCAUACGAAAGAGAAGCCUACAUUGCGAGAUUAGCCGUGCAAAAAGCAUCACUAUCAACCAGAUCAAUCUCAAAUCAAAUCUUAGCAAAUAAAGCUCAAAAUACUAUAACAAAAGAUGAUAAAUCUCCAGUUACAAUUGGUGAUUUUAGUGCACAAGCUAUUAUAAUCAAUGCUAUAAAAGCAAAUUUCCCUAAUGAUGAAGUUGUUGGUGAAGAAGAUUCAAAUGAUUUAAAAGAAAAUCCAGAAUUAAGUAAGGCAAUCUUGGAUAAUUUACAAAAAAAUGAAUUAGAAUUUAAUGAGCAUUAUAAAAUUCCUGAAAAUGUUUCAUUAGGUGAUUCUUUCCAAGCAAUUGAACAAGUUUCCCAAGUUAUAGAUGAAGGUAAUUCCCAAGGUGGUGAUAAAGGUAGAUUUUGGGCUUUAGAUCCAAUUGAUGGUACUAAAGGUUUCCUUAGAGGUGAUCAAUAUGCUGUAUGUUUAGCAUUAAUUGAAGAUGGUAUAGUUAAAGUUGGUGUUAUUGGUUGUCCAAACUUACCAAAUUCAUUUGAUAAAUCAGAAUUCCAAUAUAAAGGUGGAUUAUUUACAGGUAUUUUAGGUGGUGGUUCAUGGUAUUCUAAAUUAUAUGAUUCUAAAAUUAUCAUUAAUGAAUUAGGUGAUCAGAUUCAAAUGAAGAAUAAUUUAAAAUCUACAUCAGAAAUUAAAGUUUGUGAAGGUGUUGAAAAAUCACAUAGUUCACAUGAUGAACAAUUUAAAAUUAAAGAUUAUUUAGGAAUUCCAAUUGAUCAAACAUUAAAUUUAGAUUCUCAAGUUAAAUAUUGUUCAUUAUCAAAAGGUCUUGCAGAAUUAUAUCUUAGAUUACCAAUUAGUUCAACAUAUCGUGAAAAAAUUUGGGAUCAUGCAGCUGGUAAUAUUUUAAUUACUGAAAGUGGUGGUAUUGUUACUGAUAUUAAAGGUGAAACUUUAAAUUUUGGUAAAGGUCGUACAUUACAAAGUUCAGGUGUUAUUGCAGGUUCAAAACAAUAUCAUUCAAAAGUUAUUGAAGCUAUAAAAUCAUUAGGUUUAUAA